CUUACAGGUUCCAGAGCGGUGUGUUCAUUGGUUAUCACUUUAGGCCCCGCCUACUUGCGGAAGCGCGCCAUGUUUGUUUUUCUGUACCUACAUGACGGCGAAUAAAAUGAAGACUUUCGUUCGCGUACAUGGUUUAAACCUUUAGUGAGGCUUAACGUUUGUGAAUUGACCUCUGAAGAUGGAGUUUUAUAUCACCUAAUGCGUUUUAAUCGACCCUGAGACUUUUUCGUUUGGAGUUGUACUACGAAGAGGCGAAUUAUUGUCUAUGUAACUAAAAAAGGUAUGCGUUAUUGGUGGUGACGUCAUAAGGUAUGCAGGUGUGAUGGAGGUGGACAUCUUGGAGUUUGUGGUGCCGGUGGAAAACAACAAAUGUGUCUUUGUAUGGGACAUCGAGGCAAACUUCACGGAGGCUCACAUCUAUGAGGGCUUGUAUGCCAUCUUCUCCUCCUUCGGACCCCUCUACCUGCUCAAGGUGUGCCCUAACGCCCCCAUGAGCGCGCCGGGCUUCUACGCCCUCAUCAAGUUCUACUCUGCUCUUCAUGCCCAAAAAUCCCAGCAGCACACAGAUGGACGCUCACUCUUCCAGAACUCUCCUCUCAAGGUGAGGCUCAGCUCCAAGCGGGGACCUCACUUCCUGUCCCGCUGCAGACCUCUGAGCCACGCCCACUGUGUGGAGUUGGCCAAUCAUUGCCUGGGAUUCAACGGCUGGACCUCUGACAUCAUCACACUGAAGGAGCUUCCUGCUGAUGAAGAGGAGGAAGAGGAAGCUGAGGGCGGGGCCAAGCGUCAACAGCUGAGGUUGGGCUGCCUGCUGCAGCUGUCUUUCCCCCGUCAUGGCGUGACAACCCGGGGAGUGGCGCUGGUGGAGGACAGCGUCACCUGCGCAGGUCCUGAUGCUGUGUUGCAGACGCGCCGUAAGCUACACAGGAUGGCGAGAGACAAAGCGCUGAGUCAAGCCUUCUCUGCAGUUCUGCUGGUGCUGCUAGGUGACGGCAAGGUGAUGGUGGAGCUGCGACAAACGUCAGAGCAUCUCUUCUCUGAGGACACUGUGGGAUUGGUCCAGGUCAGAGACUGGGACCAGGCGACGCUGUUUCCUGCUGAAGAAGACGAGUGUGGUGAUGAAGACUUGGACCUGACUGUGUGGUAGACACCUGGAUGUCAGGUUCAUGCUUGCUCUCCAUUCUUCUCACUUUCACACUUUUGUCCUGUUCGCUUCAAUGUGAUAUGAAACUUUUAACGCUGACCAUUUCAAAUAAAACUCUUUCAUAUUGCUGUCUACUACCGACAAUUCAAA